AUGAAAGGAAAAGGCACCGUUCACAGUGGGGAGAAACUGUACACAUGUUCUGCGUGUGGACAAGACUUCAGCCAAUCAUCUGGCCUGUCAAGACACAAACGCAGUCACGACGGGGUGAAACCAUGGAAAUGUGGGGACUGUGGGGAGGGAUUUGGUUACCCGUCUGAGCUGGAAGCUCACCAGCGCCGCCACACAGGGGAGAGGCCGUUCACCUGUCUGGAGUGUGGGAGGGAAUUCACUGAUUCAUCCACCCUGUUGAGACACCAGCAGGUUCAUUCUGCGGAGAGACCUUUUAAAUGUCCAGACUGUGUAAAGUGCUAUAAAAAUUCCCGGGAACUCAUCCGCCAUCAGCGAGUUCACACGGGCGAAAAACCUUUUAAAUGCUCAGAGUGUGGGAAGUGCCAUAAAAGCUCUGGAGAUGUGUUGCGACAUCAACGUGUUCACACUGACGAGAGACCAUUCAGAUGCUCUCACUGUGGGACUGGGUUCAGGCGAUCAUCUGAACUCACUGCACACCAACGCACUCACGGGAGAGAGGCCAUUUACAUGGACCAAAUGUGGGAAGAGAUUUGCUCAGCUCUCCACUUCUCUGAAACACCAGCAAGUUCACACUGGGGAGAGGCCGUUCAGCUGCUCAGAGUGUGGCAAGGAAUUUACUUGGUCAUCUGA